CCACUUCCACUUCGUCUCUCUCUCUCUCUCCCCCACCAUCCAACACGCCGCCCCCUGCUGCUCCAAGCUUAUCCUCUCCUUCUCUCUCCUCUCUCCUCUCUCCUCUCCUCUCUCUCUCUCUCUCGCUGAGAUUGAUCGAUCUCGCUCGCUGUGGCGGCUGCUGCUGGGCUCUGAUCCGUUUGAUUUGGUGGUGCGCUCGCCGGAGGAGGAGGAGGAGGAUCUUGAUUUGUGUGUUUUUUUUUGGGGCGCAUGUCCACGGCGGUGGCGCGCGGCGGGAUGAUGCCGGCGGGGCACGGGUUCGGGAAGGGGAAGGCGGCGGCGGUGGAGGAGGAGGAGGAUGAGGUGAACGGGUUCUUCGUGGAGGAGGAGGAGGAGGAGGAGGAGGAGGAGGAGGCGGCGGUGUCGGAUGCGUCGUCGAUCGGGGCGGCGUCGUCGGACAGCUCGUCGAUCGGGGAGAACUCGUCGUCGGAGAAGGAGGGGGAGGAGGAGGGGGAGGAGGUGGAGAGCAAGGCGAAGGAGGUGGCGGUGGAGGUGGAGGGAGGGGGGCUCGGGUUCCAUGGAUUGGGGACUCUCGAAUCCCUGGAGGACGCCCUUCCCAUCAAGAGGGGACUCUCCAACUUCUACGCCGGCAAGUCCAAGUCGUUCACGAGCCUGGCCGAGGCGGCGGCGAAGGCGGCGGCGAAGGAGAUCGCCAAGCCGGAGAACCCGUUCAACAAGCGCCGCCGCGUCCUCGCCGCGUGGUCGCGGCGGCGCGCGUCCUGCAGCUCGCUGGCCACCACCUACCUGCCCCCUCUCCUCGCCCCCGACCACGCCGUCGUCGAGGAGGAGGACGAGGAGGACGACUCCGACGCCGAGCAGUGCAGCGGCAGCGGCGGCGGCAACCGCCGGCGCGAGCCGACGUUCCCGCCGCCGAGGCUGAGCCUGCACGCGCAGAAGAGCAGCUUGACGCCGAGGAGCUCGAAUCCGGCGUCGUCGUUUAGAUCUCCUAGGUCAUUCUCACUAUCCGAUCUCCAAAAUGCAGGCUCCUAUAACUAGCUCAAGAAAAAAAAAUCUAGGUUUCUGCUUCUUCUCUUGUCUGAAAAUUUUAGGGGUGUGAGAGAAAUCAUCAGUGUUGUUGUUACUGCUGCUGCUGCUGCUAUAUGAUCAAGAUAUAUAUAACAAAAAAAAAGAACUCCAUUUGUUUGUGUGCUUGUCUCUGGAUGAACUCUGAUCUUGAUGAUGAUGAUGAAUCUUGUCUGUCUGGCAUGAGGUCAACAACUCAACAUUGCUAUGAACAAAAAUGGUAAUAGGA